GAAUGAGAACUGACUAAUUUCCCUCCCACUGAGAAGAAAAGAGAUCAUUAUAAGUGUGUGCAAAGCAUACCAUUCACUGGUAUGAAUGCAAAGAGAUUAAAUGUCUUCAUGAAAAAAUUAAAAGUUCUUUCUAGAACAUAUGCUCCUGAACAAGCCCUGUGUCACUUUUCUUACAGAGUCCCUCCUCCUCUGAAGGUGUGGCUGGCUCUGGCUUUUAUUUCCAUGCUCUCCCCAAAAAAGAAAGAACAAAGCUACUAGGAGCAGUAUACCAAUUUAGAACAACUUGGAUCAAUAAAAUUAUAAGUUUGAGAUUCUGAACGAGGACUCUCAUCAUUCCCUGUGCAGAAGCAGCCACGAAGUGGAUGUAUUUUAUAGUCUCCUCACUUAAGUUAUUGCUGCACUUCAGAAGGGCGAGCUCCAAGAUUCAAAGCAGGUAAGUGAUUAAGGGGGCUAUACAUAUCAAUAUUUUUUCCAAAUCAAAGUAUUUCCGGGCAUAAAGGUCUUAGAACUGUGCUUAAGUAAAAGUAGUUGUGUAUUCAAACAUGUACCAAUGCUGCCUUUAGAUACAGUUGCACGUACAGUGAUGCAGUGACCCAGAGACAGUUUUUCCAUUGAAUAUGGUGAGAAAAUGGAAUAUAAGAUUCAAGGAAAGUAAAUACCUACAUGUAAUCACAUUUGAGUUGGAAAGGACAUUAAAUCUCAACUGGUUCUACCCUCCUGCCAUGGGCAGGGACACCUUCCACUAGAUGAGGCUGCUGAUCUGUGAUCCUGAGGGGUGGCUGUUCGUAACAUGUUCCUUAUUAGGAAGGUGGAUACUUGAUGGUUGCAGUAAUUCUUAAGGUAUGUUAAUAUUUAUAACAAAAUGCAGCAAAGGGAAAUGCUUUUAAGAUUAAAUGGUGCACAUUUAAGAGGUAAAAGAAAGAAUGAACAUUGUGCUAUCUCUGAGAAACCUUAGGAUUUGAAUUCUUCCCUUAGACUUUUUAAGUGAAGUUACUCUUUUUUUUUUUUUUUGACUUCUCAGAAACUUUUUGGUUUUGGAAAUUGUUUGUUUUACAGAGGUACAUUCUGAAGCAAGACACUUGUGGGAGAUACUGUAUUUUAUGAAAUUAGCAAUUAUACCACUCAGUUCCUUCACAUUAUCUCUUUUUUUGAGUGAAUCUUUAUAUUUUCUAUGUGUUCCCAGCAAGAGAGAUGCUGGUACUUAACUGCUCCAGGAAGCUGCAGAUGCUUGAGAAAAUGUUAAGGAAGAGUUUUCCUGAGUCCCUUAAGGUUUAUGGAGCUGUGAUGAACAUCAACCGAGGGAACCCCUUCAGGACAGAAGUGGUGGUGGACUCAUGGCCAGACUUCAAAGCUGUUAUCACCCGGCCACAGAGGGAGAUUGAGAUGGAUGACCUUGACCAUUACACCAAUGCUUAUGCAGUUUUCUACAAGGAGCUGGAGACUUACUGGGAACUACUGGAAAACACAAAUACCAUCAACUGGGGACAAAUUUUUCAGAUUCAAGGGCUCCAGGAUGGAAUAUGUGAAAUAUCCAGGACUGUGGCUUUAUCCAAGCAAGUAGAUGUGAAGACAUCCUCUUUCCAGAUGGUUAUCCAUCCAGACCCGGACAUGCUGCCAGAUGUCAAACUUCAGAUGGACCCCAAAUUGACCUUGGCUCACCUGGAUAUCUCCCAUGCCAGCCUGCUCAGCAAAACCUGGUCACGGGGAGGCAACCCAAGGUGCCAGAAGUAUCUUGCUGGCCUCAUUUGCUGCUUCCCCAGUGCCUGUGUCUUGGACGAACAUGGGAAUCCCCUCUCCUGGAGCCUGACAGACCAGUUUGCCACCAUGGUUCAUAAUUACACCCUGCCAGAGCAUCGAAGGAAGGGUUACAGCAGGCUUGUGGCUACUACUCUAGCUAAGACAUUGCACAGGUGUGGCUUUCCAGCUCAGGGUAAUGUCCUGGAGACAAAUAUCCCAUCAAUAACAUUGCUGAAAAGCAUGAAUGCCCAGAUCCUUCCCUGCUCAUUUUUCAGAGUGAUUCAUACACCUUUUCAUUUUUUAGCCAAAUCUCACUUGUAGGCAAACCUCACAAACCUACAUUCAGAUCAGCUUUUUUGCACUGCUGGAGAACUUUGGUGGAAUUUAAUAACUUGGGUGAGAUCAGAAAUCAUAGGAGAGUUUCUUGUGUAAUCCUAGAAUCAAAGGUAGUAAAUGCUCAUGACUUCUGUGCUCAAGGAAAUCUGUGCUCAUGGCAAUUCCAGAUGACUGGGCGAUAGUUCUAAGUGUAAUAGUUUUGCUGUAAUUCAGUUGAAAUUGUGCUGCUUCUGACUGAAGAAUUAUUUCUUCUGUAUAACCAUUUUCUAGAAUAUCUACAGCAGGAUCCUUGGACAUCUCUAACCCCAUUUGCCUGUCUUAGAAUAAGUCCUCAAGCCUCUCCUUUCCCUAACAUGGCCUAAAAGAGAUUAAUCUGUGAAAUUAAGCAGAGAAAUCUGCAAAGAACUGUCUGAACUAAAAAAAAAGCUUUAUAAAGAAAUCUUUUAAUGUCUAAUACAGCAACAAGUCUGUUUAUGCUUAUUUAACAAGUCUCCUUUAUGCUCAAGACAAAUCUAUCUGUCCAUCUGCUACUUGUGGUAGAGCUAAACAUGCCAACGCUGGAUAAAAUCUUGCAGCACUGCUGGUAAGGUUCCUCACAGUCCUCAAUUAAAUACUUAAUGGGAGCUAUUAAGAUUUGGCCUAAAGCUUGUGUUUAUAUUCUGAACUGAAAGGGCACUUCACAGAAAUUCUGUUCAGAAUAAAAGGAAUCUCUUUUUGAAAAGGAGAUUAUCUAAAGCCUAAGUGGGAACCAGUUUUGCCAGUCCUGCCUGGCAAAGGAAGGAGAGCAGAGGGUGGAGGAUGGACAAAGAACAAAGAGUCCAGGUGGUGGAAAGGGACUCUGUGAAGUUCUGCAGGUAUAUUCCUGAAUUUGUCUGUGAAACAAAGAUGGAAACAGAGAGACAUGGGGGAAAGGGAAAGAAGAUUUGCAGCAUUAGUCUGUUGGAAAAACAAGGUGAGCCUUGUCUCUCUACCUGAGACAAAGAAUCAUGAAAUCCAGGGAAAGGACUUCAGGGAACAGAGCCUACAGAAAGGCUCUGAAGGAGGGCAGAAAGAUGGAUUGACACAUUUAAUUUCCCUAAUAGUCAAAUAUUCCAUUAAUAUUUUAGAUUUCUAAGGUUUAUAGUACGUUAAAUAUAAGAAUGGCAUUUGUAUGUGCAGUGCCAUCUGAAAGACAGUGUGUGCACCUGAGUCACUCAUACAGGGCUGAAAGAUUCGUUAUUGGAAAACCAAGCCAUGAUUCUGCUUUAUAAAUUUUUAAAAACUGAUUUUUUUUUUAAGUAAAGCAGGGAAUCCCAGCAGGAGGGAGCUAUUGGCACACAAUGGAGAUUUUUUGCAAGCCCAUAGAAAAGCGAGAAUUUUGGGAAAUGGAUCAAAGGCCAGUUUGGAUUUAAGGCAGCCUAGUAUUUUAGGAAAACUGAAUUUAUCAACAUCACUGUGUUUUUCAAAUCCAGGUAAUUGGAUUUGGUAAUUCUUCUAUUGCCUUCAAUAGGGCCAGAUGUCUACUUCUAGAUACUUAUUCAGCCUAAUUAGACCAUUUUUACAGAAGCUGUGGAGAUCCUACAUUUAAUGAGAAGGAGAAUAAUUUCCAGGUAACUAAAUCUGGUGGCUGU